UGCUGCGCUGCUGCCGGGCGGGCGCGGCCAUCGCUGCGCGCUGCGCUCCGGGCUCCCCGCGCGGCCUCGCCAUGGCCAAGAGCAAGUUCGAGUACGUGCGGGACUUCGAGACGGACGACUCGGUCCUGCCCAACUGCUGGAUCGUGGUGCGGCUGGACGGCCGCAACUUCCACAGGUUUUCUGAGCAGCAUGAAUUCAAAAAGCCAAAUGAUGACCGUGCUCUGCACCUGAUGACCAAGUGUGCCCAGACAGUGAUGCAAGAACUGGAGGAUAUUGCUAUUGCUUAUGGACAGAGUGAUGAAUAUAGUUUUGUUUUCAAAAAGAAGAGCAGGUGGUUUAAAAGAAGAGCAAGUAAGUUCAUGACUCAUGUGGUCUCCCAGUUUUCCUCAAGUUACGUGUUCUAUUGGAAGGAUUACUUUAAGGACCAGCAGCUUCUGUACCCACCAGGAUUUGAUGGUCGAAUUGUGUUGUAUCCCAGCAACCAGAAUUUGAAGGACUACCUCAGCUGGAGGCAAGCAGACUGCCAUAUUAAUAACCUUUAUAAUACAGUCUUCUGGAUGCUUGUGCAGAGAAGUGGUUUGACACCAGUGCAGGCACAGGAGAGGCUCCGGGGAACUUUGGCUGGAGAUAAGAAUGAAAUCUUAUUUUCUGAAUUCAACAUCAACUACAACAAUGAACCUUUGAUGUAUAGAAAAGGAACUGUCCUAAUAUGGCAGAAGAUUAAUGAAGUCAUCACUAAGAAAAUAAAACUGCCAAAGGAAGAAGAAGAAAAAGAAGUGGAAGUGACCCGGACUAAGACUAAAGUUGUUCCCCUGCACUGUGACAUCAUUGGGGACCAGUUCUGGGAGGAGUAUCCCGAGAUUCUGGCUGAGGAUAGUUGAUAUUUCUGAUGAGCAUAACUGGUAGUUUGCAUUUUGCUCUGCUUGGGUUGUUGGCAGGUGAGGAAUUCGAAUGGUAGCUGGAAGGGCUUGACCUGUAACCUUCUUCAGCAGCUACACUGGGUUUAGCACUGUUGCUGCCUAAAAAGAAGACACUCUCUGACAUACAAGGAUAUGUCCACAUGGAAAUCUAAAAUCAUACUAUAUAUUGAAUGUUAAGAACUCAUCAUGAAUUAAGGCUGUUCCUGCCUUGUACAUUGUGUAUUUGUAAAAAAAGUGUGUAGAAAUUUUCUGUAUUUCUAUAGCAUUUAAACAAUGAGGUAAUUUUUUGAACUGCUGGACUAUAAAAAAACUUGCAUAUGUGAACAGAAAAUUAAUAUUGUGAUUUUUGUUUUCAACUGAGAUGGACCAGAAUACUUCAAUUGGGAUUUAGUAUUAAAUUUCAAGGCUGGUGUAUUUAGUCA